ACUUGAUUAUCAGUAGGAAUAGAGCCUGCUGGCCAUAUCGAAAGUUGGAGACUUUAAAUCGAAUGCAUAUUAUCUUUUAAUAAAAAAAAAAAAACUGAAAGCAAAAAAUAAGCGCAUGGACAUUUUCUGGUCAAGGACAAUUUUCAAGGUUGAUUCUCGAGGUGGAAGAAAAUACUGAUUGAGUAAGAUUUCCAAGAUGGCGAAAUUGAAGUUUUUGGCCGUGACAGCCUUUUGUCUUCUAUGGUACUGGGUUUGUGCGGAACCGUUGGUUGAAACCGACCUCGGCCCCGUCCGAGGAUUCUACCAGAAAACCGUCUCUGGGAGGAGGAUCUCCAGCUUCAUCGGGGUGCCGUACGCGAAGCCACCUGUCGGCGGUUUGAGAUUUGAGGCUCCAGUUCCUGCAUCACCAUGGCCUGGAGUAAUUAAUGCUUCGCUGGCUUCAAGUGUGUGCCUUCAAUAUGACCAUUUUCUUUACAAGACUAAAUUUGCUGUGAUUGGAUCAGAAGACUGCUUGUAUCUGAAUGUAUACACACCUAAGGUUUCAGGGGACUUUGAAAAAGACCUUUUGGAUGUGGUUGUUUUUAUCCAUGGCGGUGCUUUUAUGUUUCACUCAGCCAACAUUCUCGGACCAGAUUUACUCCUUGACAGGGAUGUUGUACUUGUGACAAUGAACUACAGGCUUGGACCUCUUGGUUUUAUGAGCACUGGAGAUUCAAUUGUACCUGGAAAUAAUGGACUCAAAGACCAACAGCUGGCUAUGAAAUGGGUUCAAAACAACAUAAAACGGUUCGGAGGAGACCCAGGAAAAGUGGUGUUAGCCGGAAUGUCAGCAGGAGCUGCAAGUGUUCAUUUCCACAUGCUUUCACCUAAAUCUAAAGGUCUCUUCAACAAAGCGAUUGCACUAAGCGGGUCCGCUUUGUGCCCUUGGGCUCAGGCUGAAAACUCAAAGAAGAAAGCUGAAAUCAUUGCUGAAAAGUUGGGCUGUCCUGUCGCUUCGUCUCUGGAAAUGGUCGAAUGCCUAAAGAACAGACCAGCUAACCAGAUAGUUCAACUUUCAAAAUUAUUUAUCCCAUGGCUUUAUUCUCCAUUUUCUCCGUUUGGUCCAGUUGUUGAGCCUAAAAACCCUACUUCUUUCAUAGAGGUACUACCAUCAGAUAUCAUCAAGAACAAAUCAGCAGCAGACAUUCCAUUCUUGCUGUCUUUCACCUCGGCUGAGGGUCUUUACCCCGGUGCAGAAAUUUUAGGCAACAAGGCUGUUGCAAAUGAACUUUCUGACAAAUGGGAUUCCUUGUUGCCGCACCUGUUGGAUUUUAAUUUCACAGUAGAUGAUGCAAGGAAAGACUCUGUAGGCCAGAAGCUGAAAACCCAUUUCGUCCCAGAUGAAGACAUUUUUAAAAAUAAAGAUGGCUUUAUUCGGAUGCUUAGUGAAAGGCUAUUCACUCUUCCUGUUGCGGUAACGGCAAAACUUCAUGCAAAGUAUUACUCAUCACCAGUGCACGUCUAUCAGUUUUCUUAUGAAGGGAAGUAUCGCCUGGCGAACAUUUUCAUGGCCCCAGAAAUAUUUGGAGGAGCCAGUCAUGGAGAUGAUCUACCUUAUAUAAUCAAAAUGCCUUUUGCCCCUGUUGAAAAUGAUCAGAUAUCAAGGGAGCUUUCAAAACGAAUGAUUGAUCUAUGGAUGGACUUCAUUCACGGGAGACUAGACAAAUGGUGGAAAACUGUGAAAGAAGGAUUGCCAAAAUUUUCAUUUUUAAAUAUUAAAAAUCAACACCCCGAUGAAGACAAUCUUGUCGAGAGGUCGGACUUCGCUGGGCAAUCAUUUUGGUCAUCCUUAAAAUUUAACGAAGAUAAUGAUUUAUACAAUAUAAAGCAUGAUGAGUUUUAAAAUAAACAA